CAUGGAGUACAAGCAUUUCAGCCAUGAACACAACUUGUCCAUGUACCAAGUGCAGCCGGGGCAACAACUGCGUUGCUCUGGAUGUGACAAAUUCUGUGAUAAAACCAUCUACGCGUGUUGGCAGUGCAACUUCUUUCUUCACGAGCAUUGCGGGAACGCCACUCGAUAUAUAAAACACCCUUCUCAUUCAUCUCAUUAUCUCAUUCUUAGCCCGUACCCGACUUACCCGUCAAACUGUUUUUUGUGCAACGCAUGUGGUACCAACGGGUCGAGGUUUUCAUAUUGUUGUGCUUUGUGUGAAGUUGAUUUACAUGUCAAUUGUGCUUUCCUACCCCCAAAGGUAGCUCAUAAAGCUCAUCCACACGAGCUCGUCCUUAACCAUACCAGUGAAACCGGGGUUCAGAACCAAGUUUGCAAAAUGUGUAGAAAGCCGUUGGAUUCAAAGCAUUGGUCUUACGAGUGUCUUGUGUGCGCAAACUAUGGAGUUCACACGUUAUGUGCAACAAACGAGAUAAAAAUGGGUUUGUACCAAAUGGAUGACGGAUCAGAUAUUGAACCUAGUGAUCAGGGUGCACCAACGACUCAACCGGCUGCAUCAACAGGUCAGCAGGGUUCAAGUGAUGGUCAGGCUCAGGUGAAACUAACACCAAUGGACUAUCAAAUACUUCUUCAUAUGGGACUCGAUAAUGGUUCUUCUUAUGUAUAAGCUUGUAUCGUUAUUUUUUGAAUUGGGUCUUUGAAUAAAUAACAAUGAGUUUGAGCCUUAAAAUUAAGGGCUAAAUGCAUUAAACACAUACAGGGCCGGCCAUGAGCAAGUGCCGGGUGGGCGCCGGCUCAGGGCCAAAAACGUAAAAGGGCCCGUAAAAUUUUUAUAUUUUUUUUGUAUUAUAUAUGUAUAUUAUUUAUAUUCUUCAUUGAAUUAUGAUACCAUAUGGCUUCACAGACCAGUGGUUGAUAACCCUGUUUUUAAGGUGAUAGUCCUGAGUUCGAGGCUGCUUGUUCUGUUAUUUUUCUCUUUUUACAAUUCAAUGAAUCCUUUCUUAAUUAA